AUGGACAACAUCGACGAGGAAUACGACCGGCUUGUCAAACACCUUCAUGACUGCGCGAAGAAGGCUGAGAGUAUUAAAACAACCAAGAGACGCCUGUCUCUUGAAACUCUUGAGCUGAUACGCCAGCGUGGAGCAGCACGAGCCGCAGGGAACCAAGAGCUUACGUCCGAGCUCGCAAGGCUUUGCAGAGAGGCGAUAAAGAAAGACCUUAAAGAGAGAAGAGCAGAAGUGCUGGCUGAAGCAGCAGAGGCGGGAAAAAGCAUCCGCUAUGCCCGCCGAGACUUCGCCAGUCGCAAGACAAGGAUGACAGCUCUCCGGAACCCGAAGGGAACAACCAUUGCAUCGAGAAGGGGAAUGGAGAAAAUCAUCUACGACUUCUACUCUGAUCUCUUCGACAGCCGUGCCAUUGCCUCCUCACCAUCUGAGGGAAGAUGGACAUGUCAUUCCAGCGGUUCUCCCGUCCGAAAUACGACAUGCUAUCAUGUCGGUGAGAAAUCGUACAGCAGCCGGUCCCGACAGAAUAAAACCAGAACACCUGAAGAACCUUCCGCCAGUACUCAUCAACACCCUGGCGAGGAUCUUCACACGUUACCUGUCGGAAUGCAAGGAGAUCCACAUGACAUCGGCAACUAUCGCCCAAUCUGCUUACUGUCCGUCAUCUACAAGCUCUUCACAAGAGUGAUCCUUAAUAGGAUUGAAAAGGUCUUGGAUGAAGGACAACCAUGCGAGCAAGCAGGGUUUCGAAAAGGAUUCAGCACGAUCGACCAUAUUCACACUGUUUCGAGACUCAUCGAGGUAUCACGAGAGUACAAGAUGCCGCUCUGUCUCACUUUCAUCGACUUGAAGAAGGCCUUUGACUCAGUUGAGACGGAAGCGGUCGUGGAAGCCUUGGACAACCAAGGCGUUCCCACUCAGUACAUAAAGGUGCUUCGAGAGUUGUACAGUAACUUCACGACCGGAAUCUCGCCAUUCUACAAGAAUAUCAUCAUUGACGUGAAGAGGGGGUUCGACAGGGUGAUACAAUCUCACCCAAAAUAUUCACAGCCACCCUCGAGAACGCAAUGCGAAAGUUGGAAUGGGACGACAUGGGAGUGA